AUGACUGAUAACGAUGGUAUGACUUCACAACAAGAGGAACAAUCUCCACCUCAAUCCCAGAAUGGAGACCAACAACAGCAGGAUCCUGCUGAAGGACCUUCUCCGGCUCACCAACUUGGAGGAAUUGAUGACCCACCUUUGUUGUCACAAAGUUGUAUGUCAGUCAUACAAAAAUUUGAGCAUGGCAAGAAAGUCAAAGUCACAGCUUUGCUUGAGAUCCAAGCCCUCCUUGCUGCAGUGAAUCUCUCUCAAGAGGCCCUCACACAAAGUUUCUCACUGUAUAUCAAACUCCUUGAUUCCAUUAAGAACCAAAACAGCAGAGCAGCUGAGCAUAAAGGGAACAGCGAGUCUGACAUUGUUGCAAUGACUAGAAAGCGGCCCAUUGAAGAGGAAGAAGAAGAAUCGGAGGAUGAUAUCAAUCAACAAACUACAUCCCGUCAAAAGAUCAAUGAAACAGUCCUACCCUGGCUCAACAGAGCAUCUUCUUCAAACAGAGCAAACCUUUCCAAAUCUCUUGAAAAGACUUGA